CGGAGAUUGUGUACAUGUGAACUCCUGUGUCAGUCUGUGGAGCUUUCGUGCUUUUCACAAAUUUGUAUUUCUUUCUUUCUACAACAUCAGCACGAUCGUUUUUAGCAUCUGCGGUCUCUUAGCAUGGCGACAGCUGGAAGCACCGUUGAUGACGAGGACACGUUCAAGAUCCUCAUUGCUACUGACAUUCAUCUGGGAUAUCUAGAAAAAGAUGCCAUAAGAGGGAACGACACCUUUGUGACCUUCGACGAGAUUAUGAAACAAGCUAUGCAAAAUGAGGUUGACUUUGUUUUGCUGGGUGGGGAUCUGUUCCAUGACAAUAAACCAUCCCGCAAGACCCUGCACAGUUGUAUGGAGGUGAUGAGGAAGUACUGCAUGGGUGAUCGCCCAAUUAUCUUUGAAAUCAUCAGCGAUCAGGCUGUCAAUUUCAGCCAAAGCAAGUUUCCAUGGGUGAACUACCUGGAUGAUAACCUCAACAUUUCCAUCCCUAUCUUCAGUGUGCAUGGUAACCAUGACGACCCAACUGGGGCUGACGGGCUGUGCGCUGUAGACCUGUUGAGCUGUGCUGGUCUGGUCAAUCAUUUUGGCCGCAGUCGUUCUGUGGAGAAAGUUGAGAUCAGUCCAGUUCUUCUGCAGAAAGGAGACACCAGGAUUGCACUGUAUGGCCUCGGUUCCAUUCCAGAUGAGAGACUUUACCGGAUGUUUGUCAAUAAUCAGGUGACCAUGCUUCGGCCACGAGAAGAUGAAGACGGCUGGUUCAACAUGUUUGUCAUCCAUCAAAACAGAAGUAAGCACGGAGCGACUAACUACAUCCCAGAACAGUUUUUGGAUGAUUUCCUGGAUUUGGUGGUGUGGGGUCACGAGCAUGAGUGUAAAAUCGCUCCGGUCCGGAACGAACAGCAGCUUUUCUAUGUCACGCAGCCUGGCAGCUCCGUCAUCACAUCACUGUCACCAGGAGAGGCCGUGAAAAAGCACAUUGGGUUAUUGAGGGUGAAAGGUAAAAAGAUGAAUCUCCAGAAAAUUCCUCUACAGACCGUCAGGCAGUUCUUCAUUCAGGAUGUGAUACUCUCUGAUUACCCGGAGCUUUUCAGCCCAGAGCAACCCAACACCAUGCUCAAAGUCCAGGCUUUCUGUCAGGAGAAGGUUGAAGAGAUGCUGGAAGAAGCAGAGAGAGAGAGACUUGGAAAUCCCCAAACUCCCGAGAAACCUCUUAUCAGACUACGAGUAGAUUAUAGUGGCGGUUUUGAAGUCUUUAACACUAUGCGCUUUAGUCAGAAGUUUGUAGAUAAAGUGGCGAAUCCCAAAGACAUUUUGCAUUUCAUCAGACACAGAGAGAUCAAAGACAAAAUUAAAGAUGAAGAUGUGGAUUUUGAAGCACUUUUCUCUCGUCCCACUUCUGAGGUCUUACAGCUGAGAGUGGAAGAUCUUGUAAAGGAGUACUUCCAGACAGCUGAAAAGAACGUGCAGUUGUCUCUGCUGACAGAGCAAGGCAUGGGAAAGGCAGUACAAGAGUUUGUGGAUAAGGAAGAGAGAGAUGCAAUUGAAGAACUCAUAAACUACCAGCUGGAGAAAACCCAGCGCUACCUCAGAGAGCGACGGGUGGACGCCACGGAGGAGAAGAUUGAUGAGGAGAUUCGACAGUUUCGAGACUCUAAGAGAAACACAGCAGAAGAGGACGAGGAAGUACAAGAGGCUAUAAUUCGUGCCAAAGCUCAUCGGGAUCGUGGCGAAACCGCGAGAGAUGAUGACCUCGGCCUGUCAGAUGACCAGGCUGAUAUUGCCAUGGAAUCCGAUGAAGAGCCCACUACUGCUCCUCCAAUCCGUGGAAGGGGGCGUGGCUCCAGAGGAGGACGAGAUCCAAGCGCCAGUAAAAGAGGAAGAGCAAGAGGUGCUGCCUCUAGGUCAGGACGGGGCGGACGUGGACGUGGAUCUCUCUCAAGUCCAGUAAAAACCAAGUCAAUAAUGGAUGUGUUUCAGGAUGUAAGCCAGAGGUCCACUCGUGGAAAAACACCAAAGUCGUAUGCUGAAGAGAUCACCAUCGAGGACAGCGACUCUGAUGAGGAUGUUUCCUUUUUAAAAAGUGCCAGGGCAAAACAAAAGCUGCCUUCAUUAAGUGACAGUAAGAGGGCGUCCCAGAGCCAGUCUUUAAAAGGAGUGAGCAUUAAAGAAGACAGCGGGGAGGAUGAGUUUGAUCCAUUCAAGGGCUCAAGAAAACAGCGCAGAUGAGGACAGAUUUCCGGCUGCUUGUCUACUUUUUAUUAAUGAAAAUUUAAUAAAACGUAUUUUUCUUUCUCCUUCUAGUCUACAAGACUUUUUGCAGCGAUUUGAGUAAGUUUAAGGUUCAAAUCCCUAACGUUGCUUUAAAAUCAUUGUUGAGUGAUGUACAUUGAAAACUGCUGUCUUUUUUACUGAUUGUUAUUUGAUCAUUAUGUCUGUUCAUGUCUGUUUUAAGUCAUAAAAGCGAUGAACCUGUCA